AUGUCAUCAGGUGCAUCAAAUUCAAAUCCUUCUGCUGCCGUUGAGAAAUCAGUAGCCCUUAAGAGAAACUCUGAGGACAUAAGAUGGGAUUAUGGAGUGCUAGUUGAUCCUAAUGACUUGAAUGUGAUCAAAUGCAAGCUAUGUCCUAAAGUUGUGAAGGCAGGCAUUUAUAGGUUGAAGUUGCAUAUUGCCCAAAAGAGAGGACAGGUCACACCAUGCCCAAAUGCCACACCUGAAAACAUAGCAAGGUGCAGGCAAGCUAUUGAGAAUUCUAGCAAGGCUAAAAAGGCUAGGUUGACGGAACAGCAGGAG